ACCAGCUUCUACCUUUCCUGUGUGACAGGCGAGCGGAACGUGAGCCUCCUUCUUGAGAGAGACAACAGAAUUGUCAUGACCCCACCAAAGUCCAAGUUCCAGAUCUACAAGAACAGCAGCAAUGAGGUGCAGAUGCGUGGCUUCUCCCGGGCGGACCUGGUGGGCAUCACAUACUGCUUGGGACAGACCCAGACAGAGCAAACCAGGGUAGUGUAUGUGCAUAACAACAUGAACGCCAACCUGGUCCCAGAAAAGGCAACACAGACAGUCAGCCUCUUCCAGUCAGCUGAGCUUGUUGCCAAGAUAAAGCAUGAAAAGAACACAGAUAUUUUAUGGAAAAGGAAUGGCUCCUUCUAUCAGACCACAGACAAGGGUGAGGUGAAGGGGAACCGAUUCACUCUGUUCCUGCCAUCUGUGAGAAUGGCGGAUGGUGGGGUUUACAGUGCCUCGUUCAUGGGGGACAGCCCCUUGUCAAGCGCUUCCUACAGGCUAAUUGUGCGAGGUUGUGCAGCGAAGAAAUGGGGUGUCCUUUGUGACAAGGACUGUUCUGACUGCCUGAAUGGAGGCAUAUGCCACCACAUCGUGGGAGAAUGCAUCUGCCCACCAGGUUUCAUGGGUACCCGCUGCGAAAAAGCUUGUAGGGAAGGCAGGUUUGGGCGGAACUGCCAGGAACAGUGUCCAGGUGAGCAGGGCUGCAGGGGGCUGGCCUUCUGCCUGCCUGACCCAUAUGGGUGUUCCUGUGCUGCUGGAUGGAGUGGUCCCCAGUGUAGUUCAGCUUGUAACCAUAGGACAUUUGGCCCUGACUGUGCCCUGGACUGUCACUGCCAAAAUGGAGGCACCUGUAACCGGUUCAGUGGAUGUAUUUGCCCAUCUGGUUGGCAUGGACAGCGUUGUGAGAAGUCAGACCGGAUUCCCCAGAUCAUCAACUUGGUCUCCCACCUUGAGUUUAACCAAGGCUCUCAGCCUGUAGUUAGCUGUAUGGCAACAGGCAACCCACUCCCUGUGCGUGACAGCAUUGAACUGCGGAAGGCUGAUGGGACAGUGCUCACGCCCAUCAAAGCUAUAAUGGAAAAGGAUAUGACUACCUGUGAAUUUCGAGUGCCGCCACUUGUCCUCUCUGACACUAACUUCUGGGAAUGUCGUGUCUCUACCACAGGUGGGCAGGAUAGUGGCAAGUUCAAGGUCACUGUAAAAGUACCUCCUGUCCCACUCAGCCCUCCCAGGCUUCUAGCUAAGCACAGUCGGCAGCUUGUGAUAUCCCCUGUGGAACAUUUCUCGGGUGAUGGACCUAUCACCUCUGUCAAGGUUCUUUACAGGCCAAAUGAUGACACAUCUCACUGGUCAUCUAUUGUAGUUGACAAUAUCCAGAAUAUCACCCUGAUGAACCUCCGACCUGUCACCGCCUAUCUUGUUAAGGUUCAGCUAACACGCCCUGGAGAUAGAGGAGAAGGUGCCAUGGGACCUCAAGCUGUCAUGGUAACAGAAUGCCAAGAGCCAACAGCCAAACCUGUGAUUGAAAGUUCCUUUGUUGAAGGAAGAAAUACACUUUAUGUGAACUGGAAUUUACUCAAUAGUGACAAUGUGGCCACCGGGUUUCUGGUCCGGCUCUAUGACUCAGCUAAGGUGCUCGUACAUCAGGAAAACAUCUCGUCCAUCAUCGUACAGUCUGCCAGGAUUCCAAACUUGAAGUUCAACAAGGACUACAGCCUGGAGGUGCUAGCCUAUCACUGUACCAGACUAGGACCUCCUUCUGACCUGUACAAAGUCAAGAUCAAUAGCAAAGGCCCCUCAUCCCCGCGUUCUCUCUCAAUGGAGCCCCUCGCUGACAGCACCAUCCAGCUCACCUGGAAGCCCCCCGAGUACCCCAAUGGUGGCAUCAUCAAGUACACUGUGGAGGUGCAAAAGCUGGGGGGUAACAGUGAGCCUCAGUGGGUGGACACAGACAACAACUGGGAGACUACAAAGAUCAUCACGAGGCUCAACGCCAGCACAUCCUACCAAUUCCGGGUACGAGCCAAUUCUCAUGUGCCAGGCGAGUGGAGCAAGCCUGUGAGAGCUGCGAUUCUAGACGAUGGAGCCCUAAGCCAAGUGCCUACUCUGGAGAGCAAGAACUUGUCCCCAUCCAAUCUGGACCAGCAGUUACUAUUAGCCAUUGUGGGUUCUGUCUCCGUCACCUGCCUGACAAUACUCUUUGCCCUCCUCGCUCUUUUCCUCAUCAAGAAAAACUUCUUCCACCGGCGUCGCACUUUCACUUACCAGUCAGGAUCCGGGGAAGAGACCAUUCUGCAGUUCAACUCAGGCACGCUGACCCUGACGCGCCGGCCAAAACCGCAGCCUGAGCCACUCAGCUACCCUAUUCUGGAAUGGGAAGACAUCAAGUUUGAGGACAUGAUAGGGGAAGGGAACUUUGGGCAGGUCAUCCGGGCCAUGAUCAAGAAAGACGGCCUCCGAAUGAAUGCAGCCAUCAAGAUGCUGAAGGAAUUUGCCUCCGAGAAUGACCACCGGGACUUUGCUGGAGAACUAGAAGUCCUUUGCAAGCUGGGCAACCAUCCCAAUAUUAUAAACUUGCUGGGGGCCUGUGAGAAUAAAGGUUACCUGUAUAUCGCUAUAGAAUAUGCACCCUAUGGGAACUUGCUGGAUUUUCUGCGCAAGAGCCGAGUUCUAGAGACAGAUCCUGCUUUUGCCAGGGAGCAUGGGACAGCAUCAACCCUCACAUCGCAGCAGCUCUUGCAGUUUGCAUCUGACGUGGCCAAAGGCAUGCAGUAUUUGAGUGAGAAACAGUUCAUUCACAGAGACCUGGCUGCCAGGAACAUCCUUGUGGGAGAGAAUCUGACCUCCAAGAUUGCUGACUUUGGCUUGUCCCGGGGGGAGGAGGUCUAUGUAAAGAAGACAAUGGGCCGCUUACCAGUUCGCUGGAUGGCCAUUGAGUCCUUGAAUUAUAGUGUAUACACAACCAAGAGUGACGUAUGGUCAUUUGGGGUCCUCUUGUGGGAAAUUGUCAGUCUGGGAGGGACACCAUACUGUGGCAUGACAUGUGCAGAGCUCUAUGAGAAGCUGCCCCAAGGAUACCGCUUGGAAAAGCCCCUCAACUGUGAUGAUGAAGUGUAUGAGCUAAUGCGCCAGUGCUGGCGGGACCGGCCCUACGAACGCCCACCCUUCUCCCAGAUCUCGGUGCAGCUCAUCUGCAUGCUGGAAGCCAGGAAGGCCUACGUGAACAUGGCCUUGUUUGAGAAUUUCACCUAUGCAGGGAUUGAUGCAACAGCUGAGGAGGCCUGAGGGGC